AUGACACAAUUCUACACCUUUAGAAUCAUUGCAUCAUCAAGAGAAGCUGGUAAAGCUUUUGGAGUCAAUAAAUUAAAAUCAACGUUCUUGCCCGAUGCACUGACAUACAACGUUCUGAUCAAAGGUUUUUGUCAAUGGGGAAAAGUUGAUCGCGCCAAGAACAUCAUGGAUUUCAUGAAAAACAACGGUUGUCAGCCAAACCUAUUCAACUACUCGACCUUAAUGACUGGUUUAUGCAGCGAAGGAAGAUUGGAGGAGGCAACAGCCAUGUUUGACGAAAUGAAGGAGAUUGGCGUGAAACCAGACACGAUCAGCUACACCACUUUAGUCGAUACAUUAUGCAAAAUGGGGAAAAUCGAAGAAGCAAAGUUAUUGCUCGAAGAAAUGAAAGAAAACGAAUGCAGAGCAGAUACAGUUACAUUUAACGUGGUAUUGGGUGGUUUGUGUAGAAAUUUUCGAUUCGAGGAGGCUCUUGAGAUGCUGUAUAGGCUACCUAAUGCGGGUAUUCAACUGAAUAAAGGUAGUUAUAGGAUUGUUUUGAAUAGAUUGUGUAAGGAAAGUGAAUUAGAAAGGGCAGUUGAAUUGUUGGGGCUAAUGUUGAGCAGGGGAAUCAAACCACAUUUCGCGACUUCCAACGAGUUGAUAGUUAAACUCAGCGAGGAUGGGAGAGUGGCCGAUGCUAUGAUGGUUUUGUGUGAUUUAGUUGAGGUGGGGUUCAAACCCGAGGUUGAAUCGUGGUCUUCUUUGGUUGAGUCUGUGUGUCGGGAGAGAAAACUCUUGCCUAUGUUUGAACUACUUGACGAACUUUUUGAAUGAUUUAUGGCAAUGGUUUGGUUGUUUCUUGUA